AUGUUUGAUCCUCCAUUCAUUGAAAGUUUAGAAGGCUGUGAAGAAUACAUCGCAAAAUAUAUGGAAGGAAGUGAGUUUGAAUUUUUGUGAAUUCAGAAGUAGAACCUAUUUUCAGGAAAUUUGCGAGUGACAGACAAACGACAAGUUCGACAAACAGAAAAACAUGAAAAACGAUUGGAAAAAGCUAUUGAGAGUUCAGAAACAUUGCUGAAAAAUCGAAUAAUUUGCGAAUAUGUUGUGGAAUCUUCAAAAUGCGACAACAGAUUCACAAAUAAUCUUCAUUUUUUCAAUGGAAAUGGAAGUCGAUUGGGAGAAUUGCCUCGAAAACCAUUUUAUGCUUUGGAUUUUGCUGAAAAUGUAAGUUUUUUUUUAAAUCUAAGUGUGAAGAACUAUAAUCCGAAAUCAUUGCAGACUUCACGAAAUCGCACAGAAUUCACUGAACAUUUGCAAAAUCUUGAAGUAAAUCACACAAACAUUGAUGAAAAAUGGUUGAAAUCUGCUAGACAAUUCUCAAAACCCCAAAGAAGUCAUUCGAUGCCAAAUCUAAAAUUGACAAGUCCGAAAAAUCCGACAGAAAACAAUAGAUAUAAACCGAAUUGGAAUACGUGGAGCAAAAGAAGUUUCGAAAUCUUUAAUAUUGAUGAACAUUUCGAGAUUCCGGAAAAAUUGCGAACAUCGGCGUUUUGGCGGGAAUUAACAAUUGAAAUUGAUUCGUUGAUUGAUCAUGUUGAACCAAGAGUAUUUUUGUUUUUUUUUUUUUUGAAAAAAUAAUAGCCAAGAUAUUUUACAGCAUCUUCGACCUGGAUGGCAAUCAAUUUGCUCAAUUUUAUUCUCCACCAGUGACAGAUAUUUUUACGCAAUUCUCCCUUCUUGCCCCGCAGAUCUUCGAAAUUUCAGUAAAUUUUGGGCGAAAAAAGUGAAAUUGUUCACAAUUAAACCAAAUCAAGGGCGAGAACAAUGGGAAAGGAAAAAUGUGAUUUUAUUUUUGGAGCAAUUUGAGGAAGAUGGAACACAAUUUCGAAGAGCACGUCAUAUUUAUGGAUUAGAAAAUGAGAAUGAGGAUUGGUUUAUUGAGAUGGAUACCGGGAAUUUGAGAUGUUUGAAGAAUGCGGGACCGAAUAAUGUGAUGAGAAUGCCAGCUUAUCAAUGUGUACAUUCGUGUAAUAUUAUGGAAUGUCGAUUUGAGAAUUUUGCGAAAAUGGGGGCGAGUGAGAUUUCGCGCGAAAUCGAAAAAAUACGAAAGAAUCGGACAUUGAAUAUUGUUGGAUUUGAUCGAUUGAGAAGACGAAAUUUGCCAUCAUUUGUUUUACAGACGACGGAAAGAUCGAAAAUUAAAACUGCAAUUGUGAGUGUUUUUUUGGCCCUCGGUUCGCGGUUGGUAUACUGUAUUGACUUGUGCAAACACGGUGACGCACAAAUGCACAAAAAUGUCUCGCGUCUCUCCAUUUUGCGCGCUAUUUUUCGAAAUUGGUCUCGCCACGAACCCCGAAACGCUAAAACGGCACCCGUUCGCUCCACCAAAGCUUAUUUCCAUGCAGUUUUUCACGGCGAUAAAGAUGGUGUACUCAGAUUUUCAUUUGAUGCAGCCGUUCUUGAGAUUUUGGUGGAAAAUUAAAGCAUGUCCCUUUAAACAGCGAACCGAGAUUUUUUGUUCAGCAACAAAAUACGUGAUUGUGAGUGUUUUUUUUUUAAUUUUGAAAAAAAUAACUUGGAAAAAUAAUUGUGAAACUUUUUCUUCAGAUCAAUCCCAUUCCCACACCACCUGCUCCUUUAAUGACUACAGUAUUUUGCGAUAAUUCGAGUUGUAUGGGAUGUAACACUUGGAGCGCAUUUAAAAAUCCGAUUUUUGAAAAUCUUGUCAAAUAG